AUGCGGCGGGGCCGGGGGCAACAGGGCCGUCAGGGGCCUUCCGUUUCUCAUCCUCACGGUGCGGCCAGUGCCACUGCCGGCCUCCACCACGGCCGCGCCGCACACCCGCCGACGGCGGACGCACACGAGGGGCCGGCAGGCAACAAGUUGGGCGCAGGCUUCGCAACUAGUGGCGACAGUCCGCUGUCUCGGUGCUGGCGAACGGUGAGGUUGGUUUUUGUCUUAGUCUGGCAGGCCGUCUCCUGGAUCUGUCUUCCACUAAGAUGGGUGGCGAGCCUUUCCGCGCGCGGAGUGGGGGUCUGCCCUUCAAGUCCUGACGGGGCGUCCUCGCCCCAACAGGGCUCCAGCACCCCUGAGCACGACGAAGCUCCGGAGGCCCCGGUGGAUGCGGGGGCGGGGCGUCUCUGGGUCCCCUUACUCGGUGCGGUGUGGGAACGGGUAGCUCGAGUAUACAGAUGCGUUGAAGCACUUUGCCAACUGAUUGUUCUUUGCGUCCUCGCCGUCUCGCGCGUCCUCUGUCUGCAGUUCUGCCCGCGCCGCCGGGACUAUCUCUUGCACGCGCAGGGGCUAGCGGCCGUUGCCCAAUUGGCAGCGGCCCGCGAAGAAGACGAGGACUGGAGUCUGAGCAUGGGAUGUCCUGGAACAACGGAUUCCUUCGGUUAUAUGAGUAGUCUGAUCAACACCGCAUUCUUCGCACCGCUCCCGGGUUUCGGACCCACGGCCGGGUGCGCGGCGGUGUCUCCGUUCUCCUCUUCAGCUGCUGCGGGGCUGUGGGCCAGCAUAUGUUCUCUGUGGCCUGAUUUCGACGAAGAGGAGUUCUGUGUCUCGUCGCUCACGCGGCUGGCUGCGCUGUUGACCGCGUGGACGCGGUCGUGCCGGCAGCUGGGGACCUUUCUGGAGUUGUCUUCGGACUUUUCGGGCGCCGAGACCAACUUUUACGGCGCCCAGCGAAACUUGGCCGCUGCCGCCGUUGCGGCAUUCCCCACCGCGGCCUCAGGGGACGCUGCGAGGAGGGGCGGCGCCUCCGGGGCGGGAUGGUGUGGAAGGGGAAGACGAGGGGGGGCGCGGGCUAGUCUCUCGGCUUCGCGUCUGUCUUGGCUUCGCUUGCCUCGACUGCGGGGCCGCGCGCAGACAGAUGAAGAAGAACGCAAAGAGGCUGGAGCAGGGGUCGCCGGUCUCUUUCCCUACCUCCUGUGGUGGCGGUGGUGGCCGGCGGCCGCGGCGGCGGCGAUUCCGCGGAGAACGGGCCGGAAGCCCUCCGACUUGUACUCCGCGCCGUGCUACUUCCCAGGUAUAGGCAGGUGUGUGGACGCGGGGCAUGGCUUCACGAGUAGCAGUUUAGAGGACUACUGGGAGUAUGCUCGCGCACUCGAUUUCGCUGGCAAGUCCGAUUUGAUCCCGUCCAGCCAGUCAGGCGUCCCUGCAGCUGCGCAGUCGCAGCUUUCCAACCUUUCGCCGCAUGCCACCGAGACCCCGUAUACGCGCCCCAUCUUCGCGCCUCUGCUCUUCGAUUCCGACGCUUUCCCCGCCGUCUUCAGUGGAUGGCUGUUCCCCGUGACGGGCAACCCUUCGUUCGCAGCGCUCCCUUUUUUCCGAAUGAUAUGGUGGUCUGCGGCCGUCGCAGCCGCGGGGGGCGGGACGGGGACAGCCUGGCGCCUGGCGGGGCCCAGCAGCGAGGAGGCCGCUCCGGGCUCCGCGGGAGACACGGGUUCGCCGCACAGCGACUGUGCUUUCCCGUGGCUGCGGCGGAGUGGAGGCGCUUCAGUGAGCACGUGGCGGUGUUUGGGCGGGGGCGGCAGACCCGGGGCCGGUGCAGGAGUGGCGGGCGACGCAUGCGCGUCCCAGCGACCGUGCGAGGGCUGCUCCCAGUCGAGCUGCCUCGAAACCACACUCGGUCCCCUCGCUGGUGGAGUUCCGCCGAUUUUUCAAGUUGGCACCGGCCUCGUCUGUUCAGCUCGACACGCGGGGAACGGGGGUGGCUGCAGCCCUCCAGGCUUGACAGGCACAGGCAGUGAUCACGGCCGCCAGCGCGGCGCAGCGGGUGGCAACCGCAGCAGUGGGAAGGGCGCUGGGGGCACCGGCGGCACGGCUCAACAGCAGUCCCGAGCCCAGGGCGGCCAAGCGGCUCAGUCUCAGCGGCACGCUGGUGAGAAAGCAGCAGAAAACAAGGGAAUUGUCCACUGGCUCAGCCGCCCGUGGACGAGGCGGCCCUUCUUGGUGGAUGCUUGUCGCUUCUGUGCCCUUAACUUCCGCAUCGACCUCGAAUCGCCUCCACGCAGCCUGCUCUUGCCACUGUCUCCCUAUUUCCUGCGCCCGAGAAUCGGUGGCUCCUCCGCCGCCCAAGACGGCGGAGGAGCCGCGUGUGGGACCCCGUCGAACAGCGCGAGCACCCAGCGGGGCGCGCACUCGCGGACGAGCAGCUCAACUGUAGAUCGUCCCGGAUUCACGGCGCGUGUCGCGACGCCCGCAGACACGCGUCACGGCUCCACCGGAGAAGCUUGUUUUUUCUACUACGCGAACGCCAUGCGUAGGUGCACCUGUGAUAUUCUCUUGCCCCGCACGCGGGGCAAGGCGGGGUCGGCGCAGACCCUUGGCCCUGAUGGGUUCUUCGUCCCCGUCUCGACUGUGCGAACCGCGUCGCCUUCGGGGGGUUACUACGCGCCGGGAGGCGCGUCGCGAGGCGGAAAGCAGCAGGGAGGCGGGAGGGGCGCGGCCGGGGGCACGCCGGCAGGAAGUCAGGGGGGGGGCGGAGGAUCCAGGGGAACGUCGGCGGCGGAGGCUGCUUUGAAAUUCGCUCAGCAGCAGAAGCACCGCCUCGCGCAUUUGCCCGUUCACCUGCAUGCCGCCCACUGCGUCCUCGGGCUCGCCGGCGUUCCCGCCAUCGCCGCGGCGGUCGACGAAGCGUACUGCCGGCAGCUAGUGCUGGUGGGCGAUCCGUUCGGCUCUGCCGGAGUGCGCGGCGAGGGCAGCGGAGGCGCGAGACACAAGAAGGAGUGGAGCAAGGGAGAAGACGGUACGCCCGCAGGCCGGUCGGGAGACGACGACUCUGAACAGGAGGCUUCGGAUCUCCUGAAGGGUUCCUUCUCGGAGCUUUGCGCGGGGAACAGUUGGAGACGAGAAUACGUUUUUCGGCGAAGCGAAGAGGCGCGCGAGGAGCCCGCAGGCGGUAGCGGCGGUCCCCGCCAACUCGUGCAGCCCGCCCCCGAUGACUUCUGCGACCUGUUGGGCGUGCUGCACCGCGCGCGAACAGCGAUUCAGCUGUUCCUGGCUCUCAACGGCGCCGCGGAGGCCUGCGGAAGUGUGGGUGGUGUCUCGCCAGGCGCCGGGCUCAGCGGCAGGGAAGACGGGGGCGCUAAAUCGCCGUCUGCUGAGGUUGUCGAAAGCAAGGGACUUGCUGCCCAGGAAGGGGCGGACGGCUCAUCGCAGGGAGAAUGCUGUGGCCUCAAAGCGAAACCCUACACAGACAACGCCUACGCAGACCUCUGGUCGUCUCGCUUGUUCGUUCCGGGCCCGUCCGCAGCGUCUUUUUCAUCCCGAGACGCUCGUGGGUCGUCGGCGAGCGCGGCGCUCUGCGGCGCAGAAGACGCCGAGAAGAGCUUCGCCUCAGGCGCGCUGUCUGCCAAGACAGAAGGGGGGGAAGUGAACGCGGCACUCGCGCCCUUUUCUGGAAGCGCGCUGACGGUGGCGUAUCUUCGAAGAAGACGGGAGGACGCGCAGCUGCUGGUGCAGGCCUUCCUGCUCGCCUUCUGUCUUGCGCGACUUCGCCUCCUCGCCGCCGUGAAGCGGUUCGUGACCAGCGGGGAAGGGGCGUGCUCCCACGCGCAGCAGCGGCAGCUCUGUCGGAUGCUGGACGAGAGCGCGGCCUGGAUUCGCGCUGGCGGCGGCGGUGGCCAGCUGGCGAAGUCGCCCUUGCACCCGGCUGAGGACUCUGCGAAGGUGAAGGCGCCUGACACGCUUCCGCGGAAUCUGGAGUUCGACUUCUCGCCGCACCCAGUCGCCAUCGCAGUUCGCGAGCGAUUCUCGCUGCUGCUUCGUCUUCUCCUCAUCGACGAGGGCGCCGCCGAUGUUUUCGCGAACUGGAGAGGCCGCGUGCCGCCCGCAGAGGGUCUCGCAGAGCGCCUCGAUGACGUCUCGAGAAGUCGCUUCGAGAUGAUGCGACAGCCAUGGAUCUUCGACCGUGGAUACUCGGUGCUGGCGGAUCUGGGAAAUGGCUCAACUGUUUUGCACUUUGCCGCGCACUUUGGCUGCUUGGAGGCGCUUGAGAUCGUCGCGUGCGAAGUCGCGCCGACCUCUUGGUGGCGGUGCAUGAUCCGGCGCAACCUCGGGGGCCAGACGCCUCUCGACGUGGCGCUCGCCGCGCACGCUCCAAACAGUGACGUCGUCCAGGCUUUCACACACGCCUUCGAGCGUGCCAAAGAGAUGGAAAGCUACACGUCGUAUAUCAGCCGGCGGAACCUGCGUCUCAUUCCCAUCAUCAAGGCAGCCGUGUUUCUGCUCGUCGCGGCUCUGAUGCCUGCGCGCGUCCUUUUCCUCCCCUUCGUCUUCUCACUUUUCGGCGACGGGCCCUCGGACGAGGUGGCGCUGCGAUGCGCCAUGCUGGGACUCCUCUUCCUGGCGGAGUUCGUGCUGCGCCAGACCGGAUGCGGUGAAAAGUGUUUUUCGCUCUAUGCUGGACUCGCGGUAGGCACUGCGUUUUCGUUGGUGCAGAUCGUGUCCGACCUCCACCACGACAUCUUCGUCGAGCAAUUGUAUGGCGAGUCGGCGGUUCGCAUCAUGCUUCUGGUCAUUUUCUUCCACUACGCCGCCACGCCUUCCUCGGUUGCGCGCGUUGGAGAGGCUGGACCCGAAAUAUUGGCCUUUUUCUGGCGCUUGCUGCGUCGGGCGGCGAAUGCCUGCGGCUGCGGUCGCGUUCUGCCUUUCUUGCGGCGCAAACUCGCGUUGCGGCAGCCGAAUGCGCGUGAACGCGCGAAGGAAGCCCAGCCUUCGAACUCCUCUGAGCCGGGCGCGCCUUGGCACGGUCGGAGCGGCAGGCGCCGCGGCAGCCAGCAGCCAGGGGCGCAGGUCUCUGGAGGCGGCCCGAAGCGCGCGAGCGCGGCGCCGGAAGGCGGCGGGGACAGGCGCGGAGGAGGCGUCCACGUCGGCGGAAAAGACAGCGGCGACGUAGGCCGCAGCGAGGACGAGAGAGACUGUUUUUCCAAGGUGAAGCGCGACGUUGCACGCCUUGUGCCUGCCAGUUGCAGGCAGCUCAACUCAGGAUGGAUGGGUCUCCAGCACUGCUGCGAUCUUCGUUUCCUGUUCCGCGUGAUUGGCCGUGCCUUCCUGUUGAUGGGUUUGGCCUCGUCGAUGAUUUCUGGGUGGUGGCUGGUGACCGACGACUUUGCGUACGCACUGUUCGCGCUGAAUUCUCCCGACGGGGGCCCGCUGUACGGGGCUCCCCACGCGCCCGUUGAGAUGGAGCGCGAGCCUUCCGGCGCCGCGUACCGACCGAGCGAGCCGCGCCCGGCGGCGGCGGGCUGCGCGGGGGGCCCUCAGUUUCGCGGGGACGCAGAGAUCGCCGGCAGCUAUGCCAACCUCGCGGCGCGCACUGGCGGCGCGAGAGUCUCGGGGGAAGGCGCGACGGGGGGGGGGAGUUCGUAUCCGCACGCGGACUGGAUCGGCGGAGACGCAGACGGCGUUUCGAGCGAAGAAGAAGCCGCGGUGUUCGACGAUUUUUUCGACUCUGAAGAAGAGGGAGAUUUUGACUUCCUGCCUCCACAGUCCCUCGAACUCUGCCACAUCUCCGCUUUCUACCCGCCUUCGCUCUUGCUGUCCCUCCGAGACGCCGCCCGCGGGGCAUCCAAGAAGGUGCCGGCGGCCGCGCGAGACAGUGGCGACGCCAUCACGCUUCUGUCCAUGCUGGAAAGGUACCCCUUUCUCCCAGAGACGGUCUUUCUCGCGGAGGCCGCCCGGGAGCAAGCCCUCGAAGAGCAGACACACGGCGAAACGUGGUGCGCGUGGAAGGCGGAGCAGCGAACGACCUUCGAAGCGCAGAAGGCGCGGGGGCGGACAGCGCCCCCCGGCUUGGGCCUGGGGGGCUGGCGCGCCCCGUGCGGCACGCGAGGAGCUCAAGAUAGCGGCGGCGAGGCCGGCGAGGCGAGCCAGAUGGCGAGCGUUGAGGCGGCGUUGCAGGCGGUGGAGGCAGGUCGAGGCGCAGGUUUGGAGCAGGACCUACGCCAGAGAGAAAGCGAUCUGCUGAGGGAGCUCGAGCGGCGGUCGUCGGGCGAGAUGGGCAGCGCGUCUGCAGCGCUUGGAGAGGACGUCGAGGGCGAGAGGCGCGCGAGGAGAGAGACGCUCGCGGGGGCUGGGGAAGCUUGGUCCUCUCCAUUCCCGGGUGCGUCUCUCUUCGCUUCAUCGUCUACCGGAAGCAAAGGUCGCGCGGAUGGGUGGCAGCCUAUGCUGUCAGAGGCAGACGAGGCUGGGCCGCGGGGCGAGAAGGCGACGGCGGAGGGCGGCGCCAGCGCGUCUUCGCGGCUCAAGCCUGAUGAGGCGACGCUCUCCGCGCGCCAGCCGGUUUGCCGGGGCGGCCGAUGCCGCGCGCUGCGCUUUGCGCCGAGUGAUGCCGCGUAUGGCAGCCUGCGCCAGCAGGAAGCAGAUGAACGCGCUGACCAGCUCUGCCGCUGGCAGGUGGACGAGGCCGCGACAGCUCAAGCCGUCGGAGACCCGGCUGGACUCGACGCGGCAGGCGGCGAUCGGGUCCCGCCCUCGCUCCAGGUCAUGGGCUACUGCAUCAAGAGACUGGAAAACAAACUCAGGAAACAGAUGGGUCUUCCUGCAGUCGACGACGAAAGUUUCUACCACGCCUUCCGGAGCCGGCUGGCCGUCGCGCUGCUCGAGCCUGACGCGCUGGAAGCCUCUGAGGAGGAAUUCACUCGAGGUGUGUUGCCCUUUGUCCGCCUCGGCUGCACUGAGUUCGACGACGUCACAGGAACCUGUCUGGCCCGCGACGUCGAUGCCCAGCGCCGCCGGCAGCGGCAAGCGAUGCACUGUCUGCGGCGCGUUCGCACUUGGCACCUGCAGCACGGGAUGACGCUGGAGCAACGCCAGCGCGAAGAAGCUCGGCGGAAAGAGACGUGCGGCGCGUCCUCGUUCAGUGGAGGAGACAGGGAGACGCGGCCGCAAGUCGGCUCUGACGGUCAAGCGGCUUCUCUGUUCGCGGGUUUGUCGCUCGACCUCCCCAUUGCCGGCGGACGGCCGCUCCCGGGCCAUCCGCCACCCAAGCCGAACUUUGCAGUUGUGAGUGGAUACAACUACUAUCAGCUGUACCGCCCUCACCCGUCGUUCGCCUUCGCGGCGCCGGGCGCGUCGCCGCCUUCGCCCAAAGAGGCCAUGCGUCUCCUGCAACGCCAGAAGAAAGCGACGGCGCUUCUCUCCCCGCCGAGGUGGUCCCUGGGGCUCCGCCGCUUCUCAGCGGCGAAGGGCACGGCCGCCUCGUCCCUCGCCUCCGACACCGAGGCGUCGACGCCCCCCCCGUCGGGGGCACCCAUCACGGCGGCGCUCGACGCAGCCGCCACCGCCGGCGCGGUGGUCGCGGCCCUGUGCUCUUUCAUGGACGUUGACAACUCGGACGCUCUGGACGGGCGGGUAGAGCCACCCCCGUGCCCCCGACGCGCAGGACAGAUUUUGAGGGUUCAGCGAGUUCGCGAGGGCUUGCGGUGCUACCGCCAGCUCGUGCUCCGGUUUCUAGAAAAGCGGCAGCGACGCGAACGCGCCGCACCUUUUCCUGCAACAGCCCGCUUCGCGGUGGAUCCCACCGGGGGCGCCCUCGACGGAGGCCUCACUGGAGCCCAGAGCGAGGGCAGAGGACAGGUGGCGGGCGUGGGGGACAGCGGGAGUACGCAAGACGAAAUCGGCGGCGGUGGUGGCGGCCAGGGCCUGCCCGCGAAAGAUGACGAAGAGUCGGAGGAACUGCUGCUCGAGGGCCUCCUUGCGAUGCAGCGGCGCGGCAUUCUGCGCGAAGUCCAAAAGCUGCUUCGCGACGGCUUCACGGGAGCGCGCUCCGGCCGCGGGCGGCGAGCAGGGGGAUCUGCGUAUUCAGCGAGUCCCGCUGGCGCCCAGAGCGAACUCGGCGGCGCCUUUUUUCGAGGGUCGCGAGGCCCCGCCAACGCGGGUUCCCGCCCUGCCCGCGUCUCACCCCACCCCUCUCAGACCAGCACCGCCGUAGCCAAGGCGCCACGCGUGGCUGCGGGCGCGGGGAGAGACGUCGCGCGCGGGGCGGAGGGGGGCGACGCGGAGCGGAGCAACGGGCGAGGCCGCAGCGGGUACGGGCGAGAGAACUAUUCCUCGUACCAGCGAGAGGGCGCGGGCUCGCCUCCGCACGGGAAGAAGGAGCACUUCCGGCGGUACAGCUGGCUCUUUAUUCUCUCGGGCUUCUUGGUCGGCGUUGGCGGAACGACGGCCGCGUGGCUGCUCUACCAGUGCUGGGCGGAGCAUUGCGCAGAGUGGUACUCGCAGCAGCUUCAGGAGGAAGAAGACGUCCUUCGGUCUCACUCGCAAGAGGCUCACAGGAAAGGCCACGUCUCUCAGAGCGCGUCCUCGGGCGCCUUCCCCAGCAAGGGCAGCGGUCGCCCAGGUGGCGGCGCCAAGAAGACCGCCGGUUCCGCCAGCGACGCUCGAGGAGUGAGCCAGCAGCAGGCUGGCGGCCAAAAAAAGCCGCAGGCACCCGCAGGGGCCGGCAGGGGCGUCUACGGGACCGCGGCCAGCGGCGCAGUCACUCCGCGCGUCUUCUCCCUCGCGGGCGCCGAGAAACGGCCGGUGAACACCGCAGGAGCUGCCGGGUCGAUCGAGAUGCAGCGGCCCCCGGUUGCAGCUCAAGGGGAAAGCACGCAGGCGGCGGAGGGCAGGGCGAGCGCAGGGACCUUGCUCGCUGGCAAACAGAGUCCGCCGCAGCCAGACGCUCCGACGGAAACUGGACACAGAGACGCAGCGAGGGACCGCGAGAGAGGCGGCCAAGCGAGCGGGGGCGGGAAGACCUUCCUAGGGAAGGCGGAGGAAAAACAUGCCGAGACGGCAGCACACAGCUCGGAGCGUGACGCUGCCGCGAAGAAGCUCUCCCUGCCUGCUGCGAAACAGCAGGAAGACGAGGAGCUCAGUCGUGCCCAGUCGUCUGAGGAGCUUUGCGACGGGACAGAGGAGUCGCGGCGGGAGUCCUCGUGUGACGCGGCUGCCGCAGCGCCUGCGCUCCCGAAGGGGACCCUGGCGGCGGCGAGCACGCGAAACAGCGGCCGCAGCACGUGCCGGGGGACGAGCUCAGAGAGCAGCAGUGAUGGUCAGGCCGCGCCGUCCGACGACCGCAGGGCGAGGCGAGGCGCGAGACUCGAUGCGACGGCGGAGGGCGCGAGCGAUAGAGAGGCGGACGAGCCACCAGCGGCGGCGCUUGCAGAGACUGCGAAGGACGACGACUGGGAGUUUGUGGUCGUUGGCAAAGUCAGGAGACAUGAGAAAAAGGUCAGGGCGGGCGCCGCGGCUGGGGGCGUAGGGGCCGCGGGUGAAGCUGCUCCCCCGGCCUCCGCGGCGGCGACACCGAGUCGAGAGAAGCAGGCAGCUGGUCGUACAGAUGCCGGGAACGCGCAGGGAAGCAAGGUGACGGUGCCGCGUCAGCAAGCCCAGGCUCGAGCUGCUCCAGCUGGUUCCGCGCUGGCGACGGCGAAAAGCGCCUUGCCGAGGAAGGCAACGACCGUAGGUUUGUCGUCCUGCUCAGGCGGGAAGAAGGAAGCCAGCGCGGCGAAGGCCUCUGCGACGCCGCUGCGAAAGCGGACCUCCAUAUCGUCAGACAGUCAGGAGUGUCUUCCGGGGGGCAGUGCGUUUUCGUCGACCGUGGUGGGCGCCGGAAGCGCGAGCGCAGGCCGUCGCGCGCCGAAGGCCAUGGCGUGGGGCGCUGCCGACCGCGGCGGGGACCAGAACCCGCGAGGGACAGGACGUGCGGCAGCGGGGGGAGACCCGACUCCGGCGUGGCCGCAGCGACCGCCGUCAGGCGCGCCUUCGUCCGCCGCGUCUGAGGAGGGGGGCGGGUCGCCGGAGCGUGCGACAGCGGCGCGCGCGGGUGGAGCGACUGGACAAGAGGCUUCUGCGGCAGGCUCCGCGCGCGAUUCGCUGACGAGUGCGGCCUCGACGUCCACUGUAGCCAGCGCGGACGAGUGUGAGCAGGUGCGGCAGCUGCGGCAGCUCCUGGCGGCGCUUCAGGCGCUGGACGCGCCGUACGACUUGCGGCGGGGGCAGCUGCCGGACUGGGCUUUGGACUGCCUCGACGAAGCACAGGCGACGCAGCUGCGAGAGCACCACGGGUGGAAGGUGGUCAGGCAGCGCAGCGGAGGCCAGGACCAGCGGGUGCUGAUCGUCCCUGAAGGGGUCGCCCAGCGCGUCCUCCAGCAGGAGGCAGACCCGAGAGCCGCGUCCUCAGCCGCCGAGGGCGAACGCAGCACGGCGUCCUCAGCCGCCGUCGCCAGUCGUCGCCCGGGAAGCCAGGCAGCAGAGCGAGGCACGAGCGCGAAGGCGAAGAGCGGAAACACGUCCACCAGCGCACGAGGUGCCGGCGCCCCCGUAGCCCGUGCCAGCGGGGGCGCACCAACCGCGACGGCGACCGCGGGGGCGAGCGGGGUCCGGCAGGGCUCGGUUGCACUCGCCACGGGCUCUCAGGCGACGGGUGAUGGCGCGGCGGCAGCCACGCAGCCGUCCGGCCGGCGGGUCGCAGAGAAAGCAAGCUCGACGACGAUUGGGGCAGGGAAGGUGACGGAAGGCCGGGCGACGGCUCAUGCGGGGCGGGACGCUCGCGGCGGCGGCGGGGAUCGAGGAGAGGAGGAGGCCGGAGCGAGGAAAGGGGGCGCGGAGCUCGCUGGUCGCCGAGGCAGAAGAAGCUCGGCAGUCAGCGCCGCCUCUCAGGACCAGAGCGCCAAAUCAGGGGACGGAGAGGCCCAAGGCAGCCGGAAGGAUGGCCCGAGUGGUGAAGGCCCCCUGCGUCGUGAAGAGCGUCACCCUCGAUUGGCGGGGUCAUGGGGCAGUGUGGAAAAGAUCUUCAAGGGAGCGGAGAAGGAGCGGAAGAUACAGAGAACUGAAAAGGACGACUCAAGAGCCGUGAGUCACGCUAACUCACGGGCCGACGCAGAAAAAGAGCUCCAACAGAAACCUCCCAAAGAGAUCGACGACGGCGAAAGACGGGACACCCCAAGCGGCCAUCCGCCUGCGGGCCAGCACCUGCCUGCCAACGUGACUAGCGACGACAUGAGCAGAAUUCCUUCGGGUCUUCUUCGCCUACUUCUCCCCCACCUUGCGGAGGCGGACUCAGAUGUCUCGAGCACACUCUCCCAGCUUGCUGGGGCCGGCGACAGGGCGGUAGUCCCUGCGCACGACGCUCUGCGUGGCGACCACUUACUGGGACUCCAGGUUUCUCGCAUGCACCCGGGGGCCUCUCGCGAGUUGUCAGACACGCGUGCUGAACUUGCGGCCGACGCGGCGAGCAACGCCCGUCAAUCCGCGCUGAGUGCAGCGUUCGCGCCCCAUGACGAACGCCACCGUAUCUCUCACUCCCUUUUCCCGCUCGCCGCUGCGCAAGAGGCGUCAGCUCGUGACAGACUUCUGCGUUCUGUCGGCGACGAUCUGAAACACGCACACGAACUGCUGGCCGCAGCGCUCCUACAACAGUCUCACAGCAGUGUAGACGGUGCCCACCGCGGCUGGCUGCCAUUUGCCUCCUCCGCGACGGCCGCGUCGAUGUCGAGCCCGACAGCAGUUGGAGGGCCGUCUGUCUCUUUGGCGCCGUCUUCGGGGAUGAGUCGAGCCGAGCGGCACGCGCGCGACGCCGAAGAGGCGACGGCAAGAAGCCGCGCUGCUGCUACCCUUCCAGCGACUGCCAUAGCCGGGCCCCCAGGCCUGUGGGCUCCGCCUGGACGUGGCGCCGGUCUUCGGGACGAGCUCUCGAGAGGCGAGUUUCGCCGUAGACCCGCGGACGCGGGCGACCCAGCCUCGGCGGCAGUCGCGGCGUUGACCGCAGCGGCUGCUGCAGUGGAGCGCAUUCGGUCUUCCCAGACAGCAGAAGCGUCCGUGAAGGCCUCAGGGGCGGGGCAUCGAGGAGGCGACGGGUCGGCGGCGGCGUUUGCGGGCUUGGGGAGCCCCGCAGGCGACCCGGGCUCCCGCUGGUUGGAGUUCCCGAGCGGCGGCGAGAUCGACCGUAACCGAGUGGUGAUUGCUGCAGCGGCGGCUGCGGCGGCGGCAGCAGCUGGAGGCGGGCCUGCGGAGAUGCUGGCGGCCGCGCAGCGCAGCGUCACGGCGGCUGGCGCGGACGCGGGCCGAGGCGCCGACGCAACACUCCCAGACCUCGGGGGGUUGAGCCCCCUUUGCGGUGCGCGCGAAAAAGACUGGGGAGAGACGACCGCGCGGGGGUCGCUUCACAGCUUCAGCGGGGCGACGGCGGAGACCUCUUUCGCAGGUGACCGAGACGACUUUCGCGACGACGUGGCGGGCCUCGGGUCCCUGUGGCACUCCGGCAGGACGGACAGCAGCAGGCGCCUUAACCGCUCCAGCACAGACAUGCUCGCAUCGCAAGACGAGGUGGCAUCGCCGACCGCGGGAGCGCAUCGCUUCGGCGCCAUUGGUCGGCGCUUGACGCGGACCAGUGAAGAUCUGCAGGCGCUGCAGGGCGAGGGGGGAGCGACGACGGCGAGUGCAAGUCGCGUGGGCGACUCUGAGCAGGGCAGAGUGGCCUCCACGUCGUCCGCGAUCAGUGCACUCUUCGGCGGAGGCACCGCCCGUGAAGGCGCGUCGUCCGAAGCGAGCCUGGCGGCCGCAGUGGCGGCGCUGGGGGCGCGCUCGGGAGGCGACGCGAGCGCCCGCGUCGAAGAUGCCUUCGGCAGACCCGCCGCCGCGGCGGCGGUCCAGGACUGUUCGCGGCUGGGGAUCGUCAGCCGCAGCGGGCGUGGCAUGAGCGCCCACCAAGACGCCGAGUGCAGUUUGAACCUCUUGGCGGCGGAGCUCGACGCGGCGGGCUUGUUUCGACGGCGAGUCCGCCAGCAUGAAGCGGACGACGCCUUCUCGCCGGGGAUGCAGCGGCGGAAGACGCUCACGCCCCAGCAAGAGCAACUGCUGCUUCAGUUCAAGGCUGAGCGCGUGGCCGCCCUAGGGGCGCCUCCAGGCCUCGAGCCGCGACAGCCGCGGGAUUGCGUCUCUCUCCUGUCGAGGAGCACUCACGCCGUGCCGGCUGCUGAGGGAGGCUUUGGUGGCGCCGCAGGCAGCCCGGCCGUCUCCGCUCGGGAGUUCGAUCAAGGCGUCGGCGCAGUCCUCAGCUGGGCUGAGUCGGUCUUGGAGGACGACGGGGGAGACAGUGUGCCGACACGCGAGAGCUUCGUCGGGGCGCUGAGGCACGACAGAAACUACGAAGCGGCGGCGCAUCAAAGCGCGACAGCACUGCACGAGGAAGCACUGACGGGGUCUGCGGCGAGCUCCCCAGCCGCGCGGCGAGCAGGCGAGCGAGCGUCGUUUUCGUCGGCGUCUCUCGUCGUGGAGUCAAAGCAGGAGUGUCGCUCGUGUUCCUUCGGGUCCUCUCAUGCGAGCAGCAGUGAGGACUGCUGCGGCGUGUCCGCGAUGUCUCCCAGAGGCAGGAGCGAACAGUUUUCGCACGAAAUAGGAAGUGCAGCGACGAAGGACGGGGUCUGCCUGCUGUGCCGCAUGGCACCCCCUGCGUGCGUGCUCCAGCCGUGCGGCCAUCGAGUCGUGUGCGGUUCCUGCGCGUCCAUGUUGUACUCCGAGCCUCUCCCCGAAGGAGGCGCGUCGUACAGAGGCGUUGUACGAAGGGCAUUCGGGGUUGUUUGCAUGCACUGUCUCGACGAAGUGUCUCACAUUUGUUUCCAGUGA